CCACAUUGAGCAGCUCGGCUUCAGUCCGCUCAGUAACAGCGAUCAGUGGCAGGAAUCGGAAGAACCUGGUCAUGAUAACACAGCCAGGAUGAGUUCUAAUGAAGAUAUUAUCAUGGCGAUUCCCAGAGAGCUUACACAAAACCCACUGCGGAAAAUAUGGAUGCCAUGCAAGAACGGGCUGCCGGAAAAACACAUUUCUCAAAAGAGAGUUUGCAUGACCAACUGUCCUACUCUCAUUGUGACGGUGGGCUUGCCAGCGAGAGGAAAAACCUACAUCUCUAAAAAACUCACACGCUACCUCAACUGGAUUGGUGUACCAACAAAAGAAUUCAAUGUGGGACAGUAUAGGAGGGAAUGUGUGAAAAUCUACAAGAGCUUUGAAUUCUUUCGUCCGGAUAAUGAGGAAGGGCUGAAGAUAAGAAAGCAGUGUGCUUCGACAGCACUCAAUGAUGUCAGACAGUAUCUCAGUGUUGAGGGUGGCCAUGUUGCUGUGUUUGAUGCUACGAACACAACCAGAGAACGAAGGGCCACCAUCAUGAGAUUUGCAGAACAAAAUGGCUAUAAGGUGUUUUUUGUUGAGUCUUUGUGUGAAGACACCAAAGUUAUUGCAGAGAACAUUGUGCAGGUGAAGUUGGGAAGUCCUGACUACACUGACCGUAACACUGAAGAAGCCAUCCAGGACUUUAUGAAGAGGAUCAAAUGCUAUGAAAACAGUUACCAGCCACUGGAUGAAAACCUAGACAGAGAGUUGUCAUACAUUAAGAUAAUGGACGUGGGUCAGCGGUAUUUGGUGAACCGCGUGCUCGACCACAUUCAGAGCAGAAUCGUUUAUUAUCUGAUGAACAUCCACAUCACGCCACGCUCCAUCUACCUCUGUCGCCAUGGAGAGAGUGACCUAAACGUCAAAGGUCGUAUCGGAGGGGAUUCAGGCCUGUCGCCCCGUGGUAAAGAGUUUGCUCAGGGUCUAGGGAAGUUUAUUCAGGAUCAGAAUAUAAAGGAUCUCAAGGUGUGGACGAGUCAGAUGAAGCGGACCAUUCAGACCGCUGAAGCGUUAGGUGUACCGUAUGAACAAUGGAAAGCGCUCAAUGAGAUUGAUGCUGGCGUGUGUGAGGAGAUGAUGUAUGAGGAGAUCCAGGAAAAUAUUCCUCUGGAGUUCGCCCUCAGAGACCAGGACAAAUAUCGGUACCGCUACCCUAAAGGAGAGUCUUAUGAGGAUCUGGUCCAGAGGUUGGAGCCCGUCAUUAUGGAGCUUGAACGUCAGGAGAAUGUUUUGGUUAUUUGUCAUCAGGCUGUUAUGCGUUGUCUACUUGCCUACUUCUUGGACAAGAGUGCAGAAGAGCUUCCGUAUUUGAAAUGUCCUCUACACACAGUCCUGAAGCUUACUCCUGUGGCUUAUGGCUGUAAAGUGGAGUCAAUCUAUCUUAAUGUAGAAGCAGUGAACACUCACAGAGACAAACCUGAGAAUGUGGACAUCUCCCGUCUGGCAGAAGAGGCUCUUCUCACUGUUCCGGCCCACUAUUGACCUAUGACAUUACAAACUGUUCAUCAGCAACACUCCAUCAUGCUCUUCCAUCCUUUUUAUGUGACUCCUCUUAUUGGUUUCUUUGUGUUUGAACAG